AUGAUACUUUUAUUAAUUCUAGCUUUUUAUUUAUUCAUAGUUAAAGAGGAGUAUUACAUAUUUAAAGUGAAUUAUACUUAUGGAUUUUUUUUUUUAUCUUUACAAUUUUUCGUGCUGAGUAAUACUUGCAUUUCAGAAGAUCCGAUAGCAAAAGAAAUCCUUGAUUCAUAUAAUCUUUUAUAUGUCAAUAGUUAUGAACAACCUAAUUUAUUAAAUACAGUAAACGCAGGAAUUAAUGAGAGAUAUGCAGUUAAUGAAGAUUUAAAUUCUCCCUUUAAUUUAGAACAUCUUCCUGAUAUUUCUAAAAUAUUUUCUAUUGAUUCUUUUUUAGAAGGUCUCAAUAUUAAUUUCAACAAUGAACAUCAAAACAGUGGAACUUCAGUGGAAAGCACUAAAGAAAAUGUAGAAGAAAAAGCGAAAAAGCAAGAAAUUUGCAAACAAAAAGGCGACAAUAUAGUAGAUAUAUCGUGUGGAAGUAGUGAGCAUACUCUAAAUUAUAGGAUUAGUUCAGGUGGUAUCAUUGAUCACAUGAAUGUUGAUCAUGAACAACCAAAUAUAAUGGAUCCAAGUGAAAGAAUGGCUCAAUACUUUCCUGUAUGCCGAACAUAUAAUAGAGAAGAAGAUAAUGUGAAUGAGGAAAUUUUCUCGCAUAAUGUUUCCUCUAAUUUACUUACAAAUAAUAGAUAUUUAAAUAAUAUUAAUCAUAAUGGUGAAGUUUUGAGACCUACAAUAGGUACACAAAACACACAAGAUAAAUGUACUGAUGAUUUUAAUGGUAUUGAUCUUAGUCUCCUAGAACCUCUUGGAGAUCUAAAAGAAUCAUUAAAUUCAUUUAUUAAGAGUUAUAUUACAAGCAAUUCCCCUUGUGAGCAAUUCAAUAUGACCAAUCCAAUUGAGAGGAAAGAUCAAGAAAUUGAAUUAAAUUGUAGUAAAGAAAGAAAAAAUAAUGAUAGCCAUGAAAGUACUUCAGAUAAUGCAAACAGUGAACCAGUAGUCAACAAAAAUACGCAUAAAUAUUUUAAAAGUUUUCUUCAUUCUAUUACGAAUAAUGUUUUUAAAAUGGAGGCUAAAUAUAUUUCAAAUGAAGUACUUCCAAAUUUAGAUAUAAUAUUGUAUUCUUUAAAAGAUAGUUAUGAUAGCAUUAAUGGAGCAUUUACUAGAGAGAUACAACCACUUAAAAUUCUUAUAAACGAAGAACUCGAAAAAUUCGAUUUGCAUAUAUCAUUGGAAUUGGAAAAAAAUUUUACUAAUUCUUCUGAUUAUUUAGAUGAUCAAUCAAUAAAUAAAUAUUAUAAAUAUAAUUCACUGAAAAAUAAUACAUCUUUUGUAAUUAAUAAAGAAAAAGAACUACUUGCAGUUAUAAAGAGUUCCUUAAAAACUUAUGAAAUGUUAAUAGAAAAACUUGAAACUUUGGAAAAAGUUGUUUCUAAUUUAAGAAUGAUUUUAAAUAGUUUAAGUUAUAAUAGUAUUUUUUCUUGUAACCUAUCAUUUUUGAAUUUUGAAGAUAUAUAUUAUAUUAUAGAUGUGUUUAAACUCAUUGACAAUUUACUAGAAAAGGCUGAAUCAUCAACUAAAAGAGGAUGUUUAAAUCUAAGAAAAAAGGAGAUACGUGGUGUCCAAAGAUAUUUGACUAAAAUUAACAUUAUUUUACAUAGAUCUUUUUAUUCACUCGGUCGUACCUUCGUAAAAUUCUUUAGUUUUAUUAAAUAUUCGAAAGAAGAUAAUAUUCUGCUAAUGAAAUACCUUUUUUAUUUCUUUAAUAAAGAACAUAAAAUGUUGAUGGAAGAUAUGAAAAAAAUUAUGAAUAAACAUAGUGAUGUAUAUGCAACAAAAAUGACUUAUGAUUUUAUAUUAACACAAAUGAAAAAUUAUUCAGAAUAUCGUACAUAUGCUAAUAAGUUUUUUAAUAUAAAUAUUAAUGAAAAUGAAUUGGAUAAUAAUAGUUUACAAGUAAUUAUGGAAAACGGAUUAUCAUUAAAUGGACUACAAUAUUCCUUAGGAAGAAUAAAAAAAUUAAUAGGAAUAUUAUCUUUAAAAAACCAAAUAGUAUCGAUCAGAGAUAUAUUAACUUCGUUAAGCAAAAUUAAUUUUCAUGAGCGAAAACAUUCCCCACGAAUAAAAUAUAAAAUAUUAUGUAAAGAUAUGGAAAUGAAUUUACUGAAAGAUUUAAAAGACUUCAAAGAUAUAUAUGAAGAAGCUAAACUAAAUAUAAAAUCUAUUUAUUCUUUGAGAUAUGCAGAAGUAAAAAUUUCUGAUGCUGAAAUUCAAAUAUUACGGAAAAAAAAACAAAUAGAAAAACUUAUAAAUGGUAUUACUUCGGCUAAGAAUUUAAUUAAUGACAAAAUUCUUAAUUCAAAUGCUUAUGAACAAGUUAAGGCCAUUAGAGAAUAUAUUCUCCUAUCCAAAGUAUUUUUUAUUAAGAAAACUCUAGAAGCAUAUUAA